AUGCCGCGCAGGGCGCUCGCCGUCUGCCUCCUGGUGCUCCUGGCCCUCUCCUCCGCCUGCUACAUCCAGAACUGCCCCAUCGGGGGCAAACGCGCCGUCCUGGACGCGGAGCUCCGGAAGUGCCUGCCCUGCGGCCCCAGGAACAAGGGCCGCUGCUUCGGUCCCAGCAUCUGCUGCGGGGAGGAGCUGGGCUGCUACCUGGGCACCUCCGAAACCCUGCGGUGCCAGGAGGAGAACUUCCUGCCGACCCCCUGCGAGCCCGGCCGCAAGCCGUGCGGCGACAACGCAGGGAGCUGCGCGGCCCCCGGCCUCUGCUGCAGCAACGAGGGCUGUGUGGUUGACUCAUCUUGUGACCGAGAAGCGAUGUUUCCCUAG